AUGAAUGGUAGUUGUUUGGAAGCUGUAGCCGCGUCACCAGCUCUUCACGACUCCGACGAAGAUGAUGUCGACGAGGACUUCGGAGAACUUGAAGAGACCGAUGAAGAGGAGCACGAAGAUGGGGAAAUCGAAGAAGACAGUGACGACUGCGAGUUUCCUGAAUUAGACGAGAUUCGUUUAACUGCACUAGCUGGGAAAUUGCGGGAAGAGAACAUGAAGAAUUUGAAAUGGGCCAGGAACAGAUUUACACCACCAGACGUAACUUUCGAUGACGUUAGAUCUGAAGAAGAAAAUAUCCCAACGCCUCUUGCGUACUUUUUCAAAUACUUUCCCAACUCCGUGUUUGAAUUGAUGGAGAAGACUAACACGUAUCCAGUACAUACAAAUGGUAAAUGUAUCGACGCAUCGGUUUAA